AUGCCUUUUUAUAUCUCACAAAUAAUCAUUCCAAAUUGUGAUUACAAACGCUUCGAAGAAAUCGCAUUAGCAAAUUCUCACUGCCGAAUGAAUCUUAUCCAAGGGACGCUUGAAAUAAUGCCCCCAGUUUCCAACGAUACAGAUCAAAGAAAAGCAAAUAUUAUCUGUGAUGUUGUCAUCUGGUGCCGUGCUAAUGCCAAUUUAGUUGGACACUUUGGUGCUUCUCGGGGAUGCUAUACAUUGUCUAAUACUGUUAAUGAUUCUAAACCUACUAUUUUAGGUCCUGAUGCUUCUAUUGUACUUAGUACCAGAUGGAAUGCACUAUCAGAUGAUAAACAAAAAUCAUAUCCACCAGUUGUGCCAAACUUUGUCGUGGAAUUACGCUCACAGAGUCAAUCACCUCAGGAUUUCCAUAAAAAAAUGUUACUAUGGAUGAAUGGUGGAGUUGAAGAAGGAAUUGCAAUUGAUCGAUAUGCAAAUCCACGUGAAGUGAGAAUCUAUACAUUUAAUCCCAAUACUAAUAGUGUCGAAUGGCAAACACUAACGAAUCCCACUCACGUUGCAUCACAAGUUCUUACUGGUUUCGAUUUUGAAGAAAAUUUAGAAGGUAUACUAGGGAUUGGAACCGCCUAG